UGCAUGCCACAUGGACCAAUUUAUAUAUCCAAUGAACUAGCAAGCAAGGCAACCAGCCUUCCAAUCCAUCCUCCACCUUCAAUCUUGAAAUCCAAUCACAUAACUCUUGAAAUUCCCAUUGAAAAUCCAAGAAAUCCCAAAGGAAAAAAGAAACACCAUGAAAUCUCCCCAAUCUUCUCCAAAAUCGAAAACCUCUCUUCUUGAAAAUGAAAAAGAAGUACAAGAAUAUCCAAUGUUUAGCAACACCAAGAUCAAAAGCAAAAAACUAGCAUUCAUCCCACUUGUUUUCCUCAUUUACUUUCAAGUCUCCGGUGGUCCCUAUGGCACUGAGUCCACUGUCGGUUCCGGGGGGCCUUUCUUUGCCAUCCUUGGCUUUCUCCUCUUCCCCAUCAUCUGGUGCAUUCCUGAGGCCCUUGUCACUGCUGAGCUAGCCACUGCCUUUCCUGGCAAUGGCGGCUUUGUCAUAUGGACUCACCAAGCCUUUGGUCCCUUCUGGGGCUUCCUCAUUGGUUUCUGGAAGUUCCUUAGUGCUGUCAUUAACCUGUCGUCCUACCCAGUUCUCUGUAUAGACUACAUUGAUCCCAUGCUACCAACUUUGUCACACUUGCCUCACUAUUUUCUCAUCUCUCUUUCAACCCUUUUGCUCUCAGUUCUUAACUUCAUUGGUCUGCCUACUGUUGGCUAUGCUGCAAUAUUUUUAGGCAUUUUAUCAUACUUGCCAUUUGUAGUAAUUUCGCUUUUUGCUAUUCCCAAAAUUGACCCAAGCAAAUGGGUUUUUUCUGGCCAAAAUAGGAAGAAAAAAAAUUGGCCAUUGUUUUUUAAUUCCUUAUUUUGGAACUUAAAUUGUUGGGACAAUGUUAGUACUUUAGUUCUGGAAGGUGUUAAAAAUCCCCCCACAACAUUACCAAAAGCAUUUCUCUCAGCUGGGUUGUUGACUUUUUUGACUUCCCUAAUACCUCUACUAGCUGCAACUGGUGCCAUGUCUCUUGACCUAGAUGAUUGGGUUGAUGGGUAUUACACAGUUGUGGCAGAAAAAAUCGUAGGGAAAAGGUUCAAAAAAUGGGUUAGGGCUGGAGCCUUUUUGUCUAGCAUUGGUGUCUACCAGUCCCAAUUGAGCAGUUGCUCACACCAGCUUUUAGGCAUGGCUGAAUUAGGGUUGCUACCUAGACUUUUCGGGGCACGGUCAAAAUGGUUCGACACUCCUUGGGUGGGAAUUUUUAUAUCAGCAGUGAUAUCAAACUUGGUUUCUUACAUGAAGUUUAGGCAUGUCACAUCUUUAGUGAAUGUUUUGUUCAGUUUGAGCAUGCUAGUUGAAUUUUCGGCUUUUCUUUGGUUGAGGGUGAAGAUUCCGGAUUUACAGAGGCCCUUCAGAGUUCCAGUUACAAGGCUGAGAGGGUUAAUAGCAGUGUUAUUUAUUCCGUUUGGAAUUUUGGUGUAUGUAACUUGUGUUGGCACAAAAGUUGUGUACUUGGUGAUUGCUGUGCUGACUGUGUUUGGGAUUAUUUGGUACCACUGCAUGAAGAUUUUCCAGGCUUAAAUGUGGCUUGGCUUCUACCAUCUUGUGGCAAAACUAGCAGAUUAUGAAGAUUUGGGCUACUAUGACCAAUUUGUGAAGAAGUGAUUAAGUAUUCAAUAGAUCAAGAAUGGAGCUGACUAGUUGUAUAUACAUUUUAGUGAAGUUUUUUAAGUUUGACAUAUCCCUAUCAACUUGAUUGAUUUAUGAGAAGAAUAAUGUAAGGUUUGUGUUAUAAAUAAGCUAUCAAUAAUGUGGUUAUUAA